CCAAGUUAUUUUCAUGUCACACUGAUUAGUUUUAAAUAAAUUAUAAACACUGUACUUAUAUUAUACUUUAAAAUAUAAACUAUAUUUAGGACUAAAGCAAGAUAUCAAGUGUUUAUAAUAAAGACUAAAUUAUGUCAGACUACGAAGAACCAGCGGCGAAAAUGUCGAAAAUAGAGAUGACACCAAAGGAACAUCAAGAUGAACUAGACGAGGGUCAAGAGGAAUGGCUCAGUGAAGGUAUUCUCACAGAUGACGACUAUAAUCCUGCUAAUGAACAAGAAUCGAAUCCUAACACGAGCCAAGAAGACACCUUAGCCAGUAUACCAGACACAGCUGAUGCGAGCUACAUGAAUGAGAAGGUAUUACAGACGGACACGAAGUCGGAAAACGUGGAACAGGACCUUGAUAGUAUGGAGAACUCGAAUCAGACGGAGUUUCCUGGUGAGUUAGGGGCAUUCCUCAUAAGGAAGACGGACGUCAAAGCUGUUGAAUCGAAGAAGGCGGAGAGCGAACUCGACGAGUCCACGAAAUAUUCCGACGAUGACGGUCACGACACUGAUGAGUUACUUCGGAUGCUCGGGGAGGAUGACAGUAAGAAGGAAAUGAAAAAGGUUGAUCACAAGCGAACCCAGGAGUCCCAGUCGAGUGAUUACGAUGAUGAAUAUAUAUUUGAAGGUACUAAAGUAGCAAGAUUAAAAAUAGCAAAGAAUGCUAUAUUGAAAAAGUAUCCGACGAAGGCCGUGCCGGAGGAAACGAGCGACAGAGACGGGGAUAGCGAUAUGUCGUCCGACGAGGGUCUUACUGUGAAGCGUAUGUUCGGUGUGACGAAGCGAGGGAACGUGGCUGCUAAGAGUACAGCCAGACCCGACAUACACGCCGUCAAGAUGGUCACCAACAAAAUGGUCAGCGUACAACGAUCUAGUGCGUCCGAUAAAUCCAAAGUUCCAUCAACGCCGAUAUCGAAGUCCACGUCGGGUCCGAAGUCGCAGUCCAAGGUCCAGAGGCCGGAGCCGGACGAGAUCAUCGACGAGGAGGAGUUCUUGGAAGAUGACCAGUUCGAUCUGGACGAGGAUUUGGGGUCUUCGAUGGAGGGCGAGGACGAGGGGGAGGGGGGCCAGCGCCUCAUGCGGCCCGAGCGCAUGGACGAGGACGCGCCCAGCGAUCCCGACUCGCACUCCGACGACGACAGCCUCUACGACGAGCUGCCGUCAUCGGACUCGGACGACUUGAACGAGUGGUUCACCCUCGACGUGCGCGCCGAACGCGCCGGGGACUACAUCCCCCUGCUGGGUGCUAAAGCGCACCAGCUGCUGUUGGCGGAGAAGCAGCGCGUGUCCACUCGCCUCUCGACGCUGAAGCAGAGCAUGUCGACCCUCAACGAGAGCAGUUCCCAGCAGGCGGAGAUGCUGCGCCGCGCCACCCUGCAGCUGGCCGAGCUGGACGCCGCCCUCAAGGCCUAGGGCACACGAGUGAAAGUGUUCAGUGAAUUGUGUAAAGUGAAGUGAAGUGUUGUCAACGGAGACUUGAUUUAUAUAUCUAUUUGCAAUGGAUACGAGGCUGGCUGGCAGUUCUGGUUUGCAGCUGCAACCCUAUUUUUAUGUACAGAAGGACAAAUCAAAUAAAAGAUGGGGCUGCUAGAUAAUUUCACUGUUAUUUAUGAUUUCUUGUGCUCAUAAUAUAUAAAGAGCUAUUCAUACCGGCUUUGAAUGAGAAUAAAUGUCUACACAACAAUUACAUUGAUAGAGAAACUUUAAAAAAAAAGGGU